UAACAAUAUAAAUGUAUUACUUACUAAUAAUGUAAUUAAAUAACUUUUUUGAUACGAUGACAUUAUCCUAUUCGCGUCUAUUUAUAAAGACGCUGUUACAAUUGUCAAUGUCAAAAUAAUUGAUAAUGAAUUUUUGGAGAAAAACUGGUCAGAAAGGAAAACAAGGAAAGAACAAUAUAAUUGUAAAUACAUGUAAUGAAAGUUCAGAAAAAAUUCAAGUAAUUAAUAACGUAAACAAUGAAAAAAAUUUAUCCUGUUUACAAACUUUGUUCGCAUCCGAAAUAGGUAAAAUUGAUGACUUUACAACAUUUAAUUCAGAAAAUUCCCGAUUAUCUAAAACAUUACUCGAGGUACUGAACGAUAAAGGUGCGUUAAGUUAUUUCAUACAAUAUUUAGAUACUCGAGGUGCCUUAAAUUAUGUCAAAUUUUGGUUGGACGUGGAAAGUUUUCGUUCAUCAUUACAAAAUUCAGAUAUAUCAUUUAAAAUAUGUUUGACACGCGAUGAAUUAGAAACACCUCGACCGAUACCAUCCGUAUCACAUGACAGUUUAUCAGUUAGCACAGACUGUGAUUCAUUUACUGCCGAUUCUGGUAGUUUAUUUGAGUACUCUUAUAACAUAAACAAUGUAUCUUCAAUAGAGUCACCAAAUGAACCAAAUAAUUUUAAUGUUACUCCUAGUCAAUGUGAUAAUUUAGAUUUUAAAUUAAGUACUAAUAAAAUGAAGCUACAUCAAGAUAUCAUUGCGGAUGCAACUCGAAUAUACAAAAAGUAUAUAGCGACAGAUGCAUCUCAUUCAAUUCGAUGUCCAGAAGAUAUGCGACAACGAAUUGUUGAAAAUUUGUGUGUCUGUUUAACGUGUGAUUGUUUUGAUAAAGCGCAACAAUUUGUUUUUCAUAUAAUGGAAAAUGAUUUUUAUAACGAUUUUUUACGUAGUAAUUUUCAUUGUAAACAUCAAGUGGAUUUAUUAACUAGUGGUAAUAUAACAUUAUCUGAUAUUUUAUACAAUGAAACAGCACUGUUUUAUUUUAUGGAAUUCUUAGAACAGGAACAAUGUAGAAAUCUUUUAGAAUUUUGGAUAGCAAUUACAAAUUUUCGACAUAAUUUAAAAACUAAUCAAAAUUUAAAUAAUCAACAAAUACAGGAGGAUGCAAUUAUUUUAUAUGAUAAAUAUUUUUCAUUGCAAGCAACGAAUCCAUUAGGUUUUCCAGACGUUAUUCGUUUUGAUAUCGAACAAAAUAUUUGUGAUGAAAAUGGAUUACAAGUCACAUGUUUUGAUAAACCAUUAAAAUUAGUUGAAAUUGUUUUAGAACAGAACUUUUUAAAAUCAUUUUUAUCAUCACAAUUAUUUUUUAAAUAUUUAUCAGAUUUAAUAAGUACAAUACAAAUGACUAAUUUGCCUGGUCGACAUCGACGAAUUGGUUCAGAUUCAAGUAGUGAAAUUAGUAGCAUAUCAGCCCAUAAUACUUUAUUAGCAAUGGAAGAUUUAUCAUCAACUAAAUCGAAAAAACGUAGGAAUGGUGAAACUGAUAUGAGCAUUGACACCAAAUAUUUGUAUGAUCCUGAUUCUUUGUGGCGUAGGAAACAAACAGGGUUACAAUUAGGUAGAGUAACUGAAUUGGGUCGUUUUGAGACUGAUAUUGAACCCGAACCGGAUAAACGUAGUGAAUCAAAAUUUGGCAAUGUUAUUAAACGAUUAGUUAAUUUACAAGAAGAUAAGGAAAAAGAGGAAAUGGCAUGGCAAAUAGCUGAAAUGAUUGUUAAAGAUAUUACCAGAUUAACACUAAAUGAAUCGCCUUUUUGAGAAUUAUCAUUUUAAAAUAUUUAUAUGGGAAUUGAACCGUUUUUUACAUUUUUUUUUGAAAUAUGUUAAGAUAAACGAAUUAUAUCGAAACGAUACGAAUUCUACAGAGUGUAAUUUGUGAAGAUUUAAGGAAUGAUUCUUUGUGUUUUUUCAUGAAGAUAUUUAUUGUAUGCUUGACGAUACUUACCGUUUAGGUAAAAAUAUGUAAAAAUAAUUUCUAUAAAUAUAAUUCGGUAAAUUACUUUCGCAUACUGGGAAGAUGGAAAGGUAUUUCUUUGCGUGACGAUAUGUAAAAGGGGGGGAAGGGGAUUGAAGUCUAGAAAACAUGAUGUUAGAAGUUUAUGAAUUUUAUUUUGAUUUUUUUUUCUUAUCUUGUUGGUUUUUGUAAUGAACUAUUUAUUGGGGGUUAUAGCUUUUGUUUUAAGGGGCUAAUCCUCGAAAUUUGCGGGAAAUAACUGAUAAAUGGAUCUAUCUCUGAUAUGAUAGUAAAACAGAAUCAAAUAGAAUUCGGUACCUUUAUUGAAAGAGGCUUUAUACGAUGAUGUUUAUGGAUAUCGCACAGUAACAUCUUAAUAACCAUUAUUGAUAAAAAAAAACAUCAAAAGGUUAAAUCUUCUUUAAAAUUAUCAAAGAAUAUUUCUUCCACAUCUUCAAAUUACAUUUAGUAUACCAAAAUUUAAAUGAAUAUUCAUCGAAUUUAAAUGAUUUUAAAAUUAAACUGAGCAUUUUUUACCGAAUGAAAAGUGUGUGAGUAAAUAUGUUUAUUUAUACCUUUGACUUUAACGUUACCUUAUAAAUAUUUCAUAUUUCCAUUCCAUAAUAUUUGGUGUAAUUGCACGUAGAUUAUUAUUGGAAAAUUAUGCUAAAAUUUAUUUCGAGUGUCUUCCAAUAAAAAGGCGGAAAGUUUUUGUAUGAUUAGCAUUUGCAGCUCCACAAGACGACCCUUUAAUAUAUUGAAAACUAUAUUAAAUCGUUAUAAAUAACGCCCGAAUUCAUAAACACAUUCUUUAUAAAUUAAAUUUUGAUUACUCUUGAAGAAAUAAUUUCUGUUUCUUGUAUAUUUUAUUUUAGACUGCGUUUAGUUAAUAAAGUCAAGCUUGAUAAUAUUCGGAAGCAAAAUGGCAGCUGUUAUUUUGUAAUAAAAGAAAGUAACUUAUAAUUCAGACACCCUCCUUUUCAAUUUAUUUUAGGUAUUUCUAAUGACAUGAAAAAUCGUAAGAUGUAGUGGAUUAGUACAAAAACUACGAUUUUAACCGUUCCGAUCACUCGGUGAAAUUAUGGAGUGUAGAGAUUAGGAGGACCAUCUUUGUGUAUUGAAAAGUGUCCAUCGAAAAACAAAAAAUAAGGAUUACGCUGUUGUAGCAAAAGUGAGAGUAAGAUAAAGAUCUAAACAAGUUAUUAGAAAAUGAAAAUAUUAAAUAAGUUAUUAGAAAAUAGAGUAAUUCACAUCAAACAUCUUUUGAACACAAGCGUUAUUUUGAUCAAUUUUAUAACUGUUAUUUCAUGUUUUUAGCUGGGCACUUGUACUUUGACUCUAUUGUAAUUCUUCUAUUAUACUCUACGUUAAACUACAACAAAUAUCUUCAAAAUAAUAAUAAUUUAAAAAAGAAAAAAAACAACUUGAGAAACGUAAUAACUAUAAAAUGACUUUGACAAUAACUGCAGUAAUAUAUUGCAGUUUUAUAGUUUGUAUUGAAAUUUAACGUACUUUUGCUCUCUUUAAUGUUUUAACCUGACCAAAUUCAUUGUUUUGAGCGAAAAUAUGGGAUCAUAUCGUAAAAAUCUACACGUUGAUCGUUAUUAAAUAUUUAGUUUAUAUUCACAAUAUUCCAUUGGAGGAUAUUUGUAUUCUAACCGUCACUACUAGACUACUACUUAAUAUUUACCAUGUUUUCAAUGUUUUACCAUUUUAUGUUAAACUAUGUUCAAAAUUAACUUCAGGAAUUUAUAACUCAAUAUCUGAAUGUUCAUGCUAUCCAUUGGUAACAACUUGUCCUUAAAAAUAAAUAACUAUUUUUAUCAAAAAGUAUUUUAUUACAAAAUCCCUAAGGAGCGAGUACACGUUGGGCGCCAUCAAACGCGCGCGUUCCUGCCUGACGAUGGCCGUGAAGUAUCCAAGUACUUAAAUGGGUCGAAGUGUACUUGUUAUUUUGUUGCUAGAUGUCGCGGUGCUCAUUUGUACUUUACUCAACUAGUGAAAAUUGACAGAUUCUUUUGAUAUUCGACUUGCGGUAAAGUAUGAAGACAUAUGGCAAAGGCUCGUCGUUGCCUUAAUGGAAACAUAUCUCUACAGUUAAUAAAUUUUGAUCAUAAUCAUAAUAAUCGUAUGCGAUGUGUGUCCACAAACUAGCUAAUACACCUAAUCAGAUUAAAUGUCAGUAAUAUCCCAUGCGAGAAACCGUCACACAGAUAGAUCACAGUGUAACAUAGUCAUAGUAACAGUUUCCAAACUUCUCUUACGUGUUCUUCCUUGGUCUUGAUAUAGAUUUUCUUUGUCAAUUCUAGUCAUUUGGGCACAUAUUUCGUAUUUUUAUAUUUAAAUAAAACCAUAGACAUAGAAAAUGGACUAAACGUUCCUAUCUAACUGUACAGUAAAUAAAAGCAGAACUUUAUAAGAAAGAUAAGUAUAUGACGACCAGUCGGAUGGUCUCUAUGUAUAUGCUACAGAGACAAGUAUUGGUCAUCUUUGCGUUCAAUUUCUUGAGGAUAUUGCUUAGUCUAAUCUCUAUGUCUGUGAAUUAAACUAACUCGUCUUAACCAUGCCAGUUUUUAUUACAAUCACUUUUCCUUAAAAUGUCCUAAAAAUUUAUACUUACAUUAAUUUUCGUUUACGUACUUCAUGAACACUGUCAUUUUUCUUAAGAAUCUAAAUUGAUAAUUAUGAAUAUAAAUUACUGAGGUUAAUUCCAGACAAUGGUAGUCUCAAAAUCCUGUUUAAAAUUAUAACUAAUUAUAGCGAAAACAGUGGUAUUCAAUGAUAUAGAUUAACACAAUUAUUUAUUUUUUUAAUACAAAAACCCCUAACAUUAAUGAUAAACAAAUGUAAAUACAAUUGUU